GUAGGGCGGGGAGCCCCUUCCCCCCCGCCCCGCCGCCAUGUACACCUUCGUGGUGCGGGACGAGGGCAGCAGCGUGUACACUGAGGUGAGCCGGCUGCUGCUGGCCAGCGGGCAGUGGCGGCGCCUCCGCAGGGACAACCCCCGCUUCAACCUGAUGCUGGGCGAGAGGAACCGGCUCCCCUUCGGCAGGCUGGGCCAUGAACCUGGACUUGUGCAGCUGGUGAAUUACUACAGGGGAGCAGACAAGCUGUGCCGCAAAGCAUCUCUGGUGAAGCUAAUCAAGACAAGCCCUGAGCUAUCAGAGUCCUGCACGUGGUUCCCUGAGUCGUAUGUGAUUUACCCAACAAACCUGAAGACCCCCGUGGCCCCAGCACAGAAUGGAAUCCACCAUCUCAUAAACAACUCGAGGACGGAUGAGCGGGAAGUGUUCCUGGCAGCUUACAACAGGCGCCGGGAAGGCAAAGAAGGCAACGUGUGGAUUGCCAAGUCCUCAGCUGGUGCCAAAGGGGAAGGGAUCCUGAUUUCUUCAGAGGCUGCAGAGCUCCUGGACUUCAUCGAUGAGCAGGGACAAGUGCAUGUGAUUCAGAAGUACCUGGAGAAUCCUCUGCUUUUGGAGCCGGGGCAUCGCAAGUUUGACAUCAGGAGCUGGGUUCUCGUGGAUCAUCAAUAUAAUAUCUACCUCUACAGAGAGGGUGUCCUGCGGACCUCUUCCGAACCAUAUAACAGUGCUAAUUUCCAGGACAAAACCUGCCACUUGACCAAUCACUGCAUUCAGAAGGAAUAUUCCAAAAACUACGGGCGGUAUGAGGAAGGGAAUGAAAUGUUCUUCGAGGAGUUCAACCAGUAUCUGAUGGAUGCCCUGAACACAACGCUUGAGAAUAGCAUCUUACUGCAAAUCAAACACAUAAUAAGAAGCUGCCUUAUGUGUAUAGAGCCUGCAAUCAGCACAAAGCAUCUUCACUACCAGAGCUUCCAGCUCUUUGGCUUUGACUUCAUGGUGGAUGAAGAGCUGAAGGUCUGGCUAAUAGAAGUCAACGGGGCCCCAGCAUGUGCCCAGAAGCUGUAUGCAGAGCUCUGCCAAGGAAUUGUGGAUGUAGCCAUCUCCAGCGUUUUCCCCCUCAACGACACUGGGCAGAAGACAAACCAGUCAUCAUCAAUCUUCAUCAAGCUGUGAUGACAACACAACUGCCACUGCUGUGAACAGGGAGAGACUGCACCCCACGGGUCAGCACAGUUCGGUGGCUUAUCUCAGUAACAUGCCAAAAAAGUCAUAGAGACAGGCUUCAUAUUUUCUGGGAGACCACAGGGAAAAACAACAAAACAGGCAUCCUCACAGAGCUGUGAUGAGCCAGAGCUGCUCAGAUAACUCUGCCUGCAUUCACCAAAAUCCACUUUAGAAACAGCUCCUGUGACUUUGAUACCUGAAACAAAUCUCUCUGGGAGUACAGCAAAACAACCUUAAAAUGAAACCCCAGCAGGGAUACUGUAAUGCUGUAUUAGCUCCUCCUUUUCUAUAGAGAUAACACUGGGGUUUUUUAAGGGAAUUGAGUGAAGAGAACGAUGGAGUUGUCCUCCUCCCGCUGUGUUUAUUCUUUCCUCACCUACUGCAUCAUUAGUGCCUUAGCUCGGCUCCAAAUAGGUGACUCCUAUCCUUUGUUCCUGCUCUGUUACAUAGAAAGGAGCAAGCUCUCCUGGUGCCUAAAACCAGGAACACCAAGAAGUCAGUUUCCUUAGGUCAUUUUCCAAGCUGGUUGGCUGAACACCCAGGCAGUAGCUGGCAGAAGGGUGCUGAACUGCAGGCGGUGAAUUAACCCAAGCAAGGAAGGUGAUUUUCUUUAUUUAUAGCUAUCCCUUUCCUACUGAGAUUUGAAUCAGUAUCUGUCCCAGUCUGAGGCAGUUGGAUUCUGCUUAAAAGAGGCAGAGAGAUUCCCUUGCAGCUCACUGGUAGGCUGUAGGAUUUCUAGCAUCACUUUUGUGCCGAGUGUUUCAAGUAGCAGAAACCUGAUCCCAGUUUCUUCUGAGGCACUGCAGUGAAUUUAGGCUCUUCUCUCAUAUUUCACCUUCAUGAUUUACUUGGGGCUUGAACCUGAAAUCUUUCUACCCAAAUUCCAUUUGAUUCAGCCAGUUUUACUCUCUUCCACUGGACAAAUCAUGGAAUCUUCUGCCCUGAAAACAGUCCACAGCUUGAUCUUAGCUAGGGGGAAGGUGGGUGAGGUUGUCUCCUGAACAACCAGGAGACAGAUUCCUGUUUGUCACACAUCUGGGAAAUCAGGUGCUUUGGGGGGAAAGAGGUUAAAUUCCUUGAGGUCUCUGAAUUUCAGAGCUAACAUCUGCUUCAAGUAUAACCUAAAUCCUUGUCAUGCUUCCCACCUUGUGAAGUGUGAAUUUUUUAGUGUGAGCCCAGCACAUGCCUCUAGCAGGGAGAGAUGGUCGUGGGAAGAAACUGGUUCUUGUCCCCCAUAACGAGGAAACACGGAGACAUUGUGGAGAUUACAAGCUCCCCGUGUGCAAUGGGAAGUGAAUCAAGCAGUGGAAUUUCUACCUUCCUCAGAAGAACCUAGCAUUUUGGUGUACUCAUCUCUGCUUGUGAUGGAGAUUUCAAGAGUUCUUCAUGCAG